AUGGGCGGCGUGCAUUACCACGCCUUCAUUCCCCCGCGCUCACUCUUGCCCCUGAACGACCCACGGACUUUUCAGCCAACAGAGCAUAGUCUGCAUGUCAUCUCGCUGCCAGAUCAAGUCGACCAGGUAGAUGCCGAGCCGGCACGCUCGGCAGAACCAAGAGAGCCCGCGCAUGCACACGCACGCAAUCACGAUGAGGUGACUACCACUGCACCCCGGAUCGCGCGGCGCCGUGGAGAUAACAGCGGUGCCGAAGCUGCCGGAGUCGCUAUCACGGAUGAAGCACAAGUCUCGAUGCAUGCAGACAACAGCAAGACAGUUGUUACGAAACCAGUCGAUGACGAGAGCUGGCAGGAAAGCUCUGAUUCCGUGCCUCUUCGGCGGUCGCGCCGUCUGCGUUCCUCCGUGCACGCGUCCGAUUGCAGACCCAGGUUCUGCAGAAAUGCAAAUUCCGCACCUCGCUUCCUAGCCCCUCCUGGAUCACUCCUGGGUGGUGCCUGGCGCAACAUGUCGCUUGGCACUGCGUACUCUCUCAUGGCAAGGGGCAUGUCGUUUACUAGCUUUCAAUUGCGUGCAGUGACUGACAUGCAGUCGCCUCUCAUCGUCGCUGGGCUCGGAGAUGUCACUGCCGCAAUCAGCUCGUGCAUCGGGCUGGCCAUCGUCGGUCUCAAACCUGCCUCGCUGGACGCUGCCGCCCCCAUCGAAGCUGACCCCACUAUGCGAUCUGCUCGUCCCGCCAGAAAGGACGUCUCGCAGAAGUGCUCCGCGCAAACGUGUGUCUCUGAUUUGCUGCGUCAUAACCGUCAACCCUCCCAUUCCGCGGCAGCGGCGAUUCCAGUCCAGGGCUCCCGGGCAGACCGACGAGCUCUGGAUUGCGUCCUGGAAGGUGCUUGCACCGGCUGCUGGGGUGGCGGACCCGGCCAGCUGCACAGUUACGCUGUACGAGUCGUGUGCGCGCGACUGGGGCGGCGCCGUGCGCCGCGGCGACGUCGUGCUCCUCCAAGCAAAAACACUCGCGCAGCGGGUAGCGCGAGCACCAAAUACCUCGGGCAGCAAGAGGCCGCAAAGGGGCAGUGGACGUCCUUUGGGACUCUGGGAUUGCCCACCAGCGUUCCUCGCACCUCGGUCUUGGCAUGUGACCCAACUAGCGCAAAGGACCCAGCUAACGCUCUUCUUGCAGACGCGGAAUUCCAGCCAGCAACACCGAACUCGGACCCUCCACGCGAGGCGCAGCUUGUGUUGAGUCCGAAGAACGGCGCGUCGCCGCCACAGCCUACCGAGCUCUUCCGUACACUGCCUCGGCGCGACGCGGUCGCGGACGACUAUGUCUACCGUCCUGGUGCGCGUGGUGCCCAGCCGCAAGAGGAGAUGCGGCCAGAAGACAGGGCUCUCCGCCCAGACCUCGGGACGCUGGCGCGCUCUGACAUUGGCGUCAGACGCGUUGCAGAGAUGGCGCAGUGGUGCGCUGAGUGGGUGGGCGGGGAGGGUCCAUCCUCUUGA